AUGUCUAAACAAAGUAAAACUUGGCAGUUGAUAUUUCUCGGAUUGCUGGCGAUUUAUGAAAUUAUUGGAAAUUGCCAGACCACGGCGUGUUGGCCACGUUUCAAAUCGAAGAGUCGGGAUGGUCCAUUGUUUUGGAAUAUUUUUGGUAAGACCAACAAGGGUGGGGAUCAUUCGAAUGAUAUUGAUGAGAACUCACAGGAAAUUGAUGAAAAUUCGGCCAAAUAUGAGAAACUUAAAUGGACAACGGUGAUUGAGAGUGAUUGGAUAAAGAACCAUAACUUCUCCUUGGAACUGCAUUAUGUGGUGACAGAAGAUGGCUAUAACUUAACCUUGCAUCGCCUGCCACGUCCAGGUUCCAGUCCCGUAUUAUUGCUGCAUGGUUUGCUAACCUCCUCCCUGGCCUGGGUCAUAAUGGGACCGGCAAAAAGUCUGGCCUUUCAGUUGUUUAACAGCCAACACGAUGUUUGGUUGGCCAAUUUACGCGGCUCAGCCUAUGGCCGCAAUCAUUCACGUUUCACCACCAACGAUGCCGAAUUUUGGAGUUUUAGCUUCCAUGAAUGGGGUCGUUACGAUCUGCCGGCCAUUGUUGACCACAUUCGCAGCGAAACAUCAUUCCAUCAAGUUUGGUUAAUUGCUCACUCCCAGGCCUUUAAUGCCAUAUUGGUAUUGUGUUCCCUGCUGCCGCAGUACAAUGAGCGUUUGCAGUUUGUACAGGCUUUGGCUCCCAUAGCCUCCUUAAGAAAUCAGGUUAAAUUCACCAAUGACGAUGUGAGAAAAGUCUUCCGAUUUGUUAAGAAGAAAACCAAUGACAACGACUUUGAGCUGCUUCCCCAGAGUUUUAUGCGUGACAAAUGCCUGAGGUCCUCCCAACGUUCGGAAUGUGAAAAAUGGUUUAUGCUGUUGGCAGGCAAUGGACAAUAUGAUAGGGCCAUGAACACCCUACUCUAUGGCCAACUGCUGCAGGGAGGUUCUGUGAAAGAGGCAACUCAUUUACGCCAACUCUGGAAAUCGGGAGAUUUUAUUUGGUUCGAUUAUGAUCCGCAGGUUAAUCUAGUCAACUACAGAAGUGUUGCGCCCCCUUUCUAUAACUUGUCUCUCGUUCAAGUACCAAUGAUCUUGUAUUUUGGUAACACCGAUGCUAUAGCCACACCUGAGGGUGUGCAUUCAAUUUAUGCCCAUAUGUUGGACAAUGUCAAAGGUGUCUAUCGCAUUGAUGCUGAGAAAUUUAAUCAUUAUGACUUCUAUAUAUCGUCGGAGAUCAAGAAGUUGGUCAACGAUCGUUUGCUGGACCAUAAGGAGAAAUUGCAGAAAAAUCAAUUGAAAUAUGUUGUGGAAUGA